CUUCCCUGCAGGGGUGUCCAGCCAGAGGCCAAGAUGUCCUCAGUGGGGAAGGUGACCCAAAUUCCCAGCGGGAAAUUCUACCAGCAGAUCUUCGAGGCUGAGGUAAAGCUGGUCCGCUCCCUGGCAUCCACCAGGAAGCGAGCUAUGGAGCGUUCCAUGGCCCCAAAGGAUGGCAGGAAGCUCUUGAUGAAGAAGAUGGAUAUUCGUGAAGGGGAGAUGAUGUCUCCUCGACAGCGGAAGUGGGUGCACAGCCUACCCAAUGACUGGGUCACAGAAAACCCUGUUCUCUACAGGGAAAAGGAAAUAGCCAAGAAGGAAAAAGCUCAAGAGAGUGAGAACAGCAUUGCUGCCAGAGAAGUGCGGGGCCUCCCAGACACCCCCGUUCCUGAGAGGAGCAGCACCAUCACCCUUCAAGACCUAGAGGCUUACAAGAGGAGGGGCUAUGAGAGUGCUCUAGCGAGCUUUAAGGAGGAGAUCGAUCAGAUUGGGAUGGAAAUGGAACCUCUCAUCUUGGAGCCAGGAACCCUUCUUUUAAAAAAGCUGGCUGAGUCUGACGAAGACAUCAACAAUCUCUUCGAAAAGGUGGAAAACGACAACAACCUUGAAGACUACACCAUCCAAACCCUGUUGGAGCUGCGGGAUCAGGUGGCCGAGAAGUUCCUGCUCCAGAAGCAGGAGAUCGAGGAGCUGGACAAGACGCUGCACUCGCUUGAGUUCUCCCGGGCAGAUAAACUAAAAAGUGUGUUGAAGAAAUAUGUGGAAAUCAUAGAGAAAACUUCCUACCUCACGCAGCCCGACGUGUACAGGCUGAUCAAUAAAGAAGCCAUGAUCAUAAACCACGCCCUGCUGGGCAACCGGAGGGCCCUCGCCCAGCUGUUUGUCAACCUGAUGGAGGCCACGCUGCAGCAGGAGCUCGAUGGCCACCGCCGCUGGCAGGGCCUGGUGGAUGCCUGGAAGGCUCUCAAGAAGGAGGACCUGGUGCAGGGUUUCAGUGAGUUCAUGGCCAGUGAAAGGAUCCAGACUACUCCAGCUGUGCAGAUGGAGCUGGAGACCAUGUUUAAGAACCAGAGCGCCCUGCAGCAAAAGCAGCUGGACCAUCUCUUCACCAUCUGUGACCUCCUGCCCCCCAAUUACAGCAAAGCUCAGCUGACUGAAUGGCGUUCUACUCUCAACUCCCUGAAUGAGCACCUCGACGCCUACCACGUGGACUGCAUGACGCGGAUCCGCUUGCAGUAUGAGAAGACCUGGCAGGAGUGCCUGGCCCAAGUGCAGAAGUGCAAGAAGCAGCUGCUGGACUGGAAGGCCUUCACUGAGGAGGAAGCAGAGAGCCUGGUGAGCCCGUCCUUCUUCCAGAUGGUGGGAAAUCUCCAGAGCAAGGUGGAGGAGGAGCUGGAGGUCUUGGAUAAAUCCUUCGAGGCCGUGGCGAAGCAGACAGAGAGGCAGAGCUCAGAUCUCUUCAGCUAUUUCCAGGAGGCUGUGCAGCUGUGGGAGGUACAUCGGAGCAUGCUGUCGAAGCAGGAGCUGGAGCUCGAGAAGAGGAUGGAGCAGCAGCGGCAGAAGCACAGCCACGAGAGCCAGGCCCAGGAGGCUCACCUCGGUAAGCUCUUGGACCAACUGAGGCAGCAAAGCUGUGAGAAUACCCUGAAGUUACACCUGGAAAAGGCCAAAGAUUUUCUGAAGAAUAUGAAAUGCAGGUAUGAGAGUUUUCAUGUCCUCCUGACAAAGGAAGUGAUGGAGUACCCAGCAAUCAUACUGAAGGAACUCAACUCCUACAGCUCCACCCUCAGCCGACACUUCUGUGUUCGUGAAAUCUUUGAACAGAACUUGGAGGGUGAAGUCAUUUUCCGACUGAGGGCACCAGAACCACAUGGAAAGCAAUUCCAGGAGAGAAUGAGAAAACUGAGGGGAAAACAAAGGCCUCAAGCAGACACGAGCAAAGGUGAGGAAAGCGUAAGUAGGGGAACGAGUUCCCCCAGGCCAGUGGAAGACAUAGAAGAAGAAGAAGAUCAAGAAAUCGAGUGCCCCACCACUCAAGAGGUGGUAGUAAGGCCACAGGAAAAGUCUGUACUGAGUGAAGAGAUGGAUGAGUCCAGAGAGGACCCUAUUCCGGGAUUAGAAGAAAUGCAGGUUGAAAGAGACAGCUCCUUAAAAUCACCCCUGAACCAGGCAAACAUGAUGGUUCAUGAAGAAGAAGAGGAGGAGAAAAAGGAAAAGGUGGAGGAGGAGAGGGAGGAAGAGGAGGAAGAGCGUGAGAGGUCAUCUAUGGAUGAGGUCAGAGCCCAGGAAGAGAGUCUGGGAGUGGUCUCCCACGAGGAAAUGGAGUCCUUCACAACAUCCAGUGGAAACACUUACUUUGUCUUCCUGCCCCUGGAAAAAGAAGAGAGUAGCAAGAGGCCCCAUUCCAACCUUUCUGCCAUUCUCUUCAAUGACACUUCCAGUGCCAAUGUCCUAGAACAAGUGAUCAUUCUAUCCAGACUAGUUUUAGAAAUUAAGAAACAUCUUCGAGCUGGCUUUUUUGAGCACUUAGAGAAGUGGUUUGACCAAUGUGCCCUCAAUGCCCGGGUCAUCGUGGCCACCAAGAUUGAUGAGCUGGAUUCAGAACUGGAGCUGCGUCUGCACCUGCACCAGCCAAGAGCCCAGUUCAUUGAAAAGGACAUCCACAACGUCAGGGCAGCCGAACUCUUGCUUCACCAAGAGCGGCUGGACAGCCACUGUGCAGGGGUGAUGGAGACGCUGAGGAAGGAGAGGAUGAUGUUCUGCCAGUUCCAAGAGGAGCAGAACAUGAGGAGAAAAGACUUCUGGCGCAAGAUUCACGACCUGGAGCACAUCUUCUUGAGCACCACCAAGAGCCAGAAGCUGGUCACUGUCAGAAGCACUCUGCACCAGGAGCUGCUCAGCUAUGUCAACAUCGUCCAGGUGACCCUGCGCAGCUUCCGCCGGUACCUGGAGGAGAGCCUGGGCAAGCUUCGCUACACCAACGUUGAGUUUGUCAGGCACUGCAGAUUGUUCUCAGAGGGAGGCAACUUUUCUUCUGAAGAAAUUGACUCAGUGUGUCAUCGACUGGAGAAGGAAGCUGCCCGGAUAGAGUCUGUUGAAAAUUUAAUCAUGAUCAACAUGGAGAAGAUGGAGAGCGAGUACCUGGACCAGGCUAAUGAUGUCAUCAACAAGUUUGAAAGUAAAUUCCAUAACCUGUCUGUGGACCUUAUUUUCAUAGAGAAAAUCCAGCGGUUGCUGACAAAUCUGCAGGUGAACAUCAAGUGCGAGGUGGCAAAAUCCAAUUUGCAAACAGAUGGAUUAAAUUCUUCUCUGGAACAGCUUCAAAGCAAGGUACAAAUGUGCCAAAGCUCAAGGAGAGAUGAAAAAAGAGUGACCACAGAAGACCUCCUUGGCCUUGUUCGAACUUGGAAAGAAAAACUGAGCCAGAGGAUUCAGUAUCUCAACUGCAAGCUGGACAUGGUAUCCGUGACUCAAGCGGUCUUUACCGACAACAUCUUGACCGACCUGAAGGUAGAGAGUGACAUCCUGGUGUCUUCAAAAGCCCAUAAAGAAGAGGCCAAGGUAGACGUGGUCACCCCCAAGUCCUUCAGCCAGCCAAGCCGCAUGGGGAAGUCCCUGAUUGAAGACACAGCUGUGGAGGUGGUCAGGAAGAUCCUUCAAUUUCCUGACUCAAAAUGUCCAACCCAGCAGCGUGACAAAGAGCAGUCCCAAACAGGUAGAGGCAAACAGGUCUCAGGGCACCGGGUGGGGCAGCUGGUGGUGCCACCCGGCCCCCCCUCACCUUGGAUCCUCUGUUCUUGUCCUGGGUGCUCGUCACCCAAAGGCUUGAAGCGACUCCGGAACCGGGCAGAGCACCCUGUGAAGAAGGGCUUGUCCACUGCCAGUGCCACCGUGGCAGCGAGCAUCACACAGUAUGCCAAGCCCAACAGACGAGAUAGAAAGUACCGGGUGCUCGGAGACAAGCCACCUCCUCCGGCAGAGGAUUUUAAAGGCAUCAUCCUGAGCCUCCUGUGGCAGAGCAACGAGCACCUGCUGACCGUGGUGGAGGAGUUUUACCGCAAAAAGAAGCACUCAGUCACCAGGCCCGACUGCAUGUACGAAACCUUUGACCAGUGCGCAGAGAACAUCUGCAGGAAGAUCCUGGGGUACCACAGCCAGGCUGAUAAGUACCACAACUCCUGCCUCAUAGAAUUACGGGCCCAGAUGAAGAGAUUUGAGGAGCUAUUGCCCCAGGUGUGUUGGCUGGUGAUGGAAAAUUUCAAGGAGCACCACUGGAAAAAAUAUUGCACCUCUACCAAAGAGAUCCGGGGACAGUUCUCGAAUUAUCAGGAACAGCUGGAGAGAAGGAAGGAUGAAAAUGCCCAGAAGCUCCACCCAAAUCUCGGACACCCCACACAUCUCCAAGAAAUGGAGUCUCUGUGUCAGGUGGAAGAGAAAAGGCAGGAAGAUUUGGACACCUUGAUUGCGGUGACCAGGGAGCAGCUGGAGGAGUUCACCCGGAAGUACAGCCGGAUUUUUAUAGCCAGCUUGGCCGCCUUCACUGAGAAGUUGCUGCUGCAGUUGGAUGAGGUGGUCACCAUUGACGAUGUCCAGGUUGCAAAGAUGGAGCCCCCGAAACAGAAAACAUCAAUCCUAAUACGGAGGAAACUCACCGGGCUCUCCCUGAAGGAAGAGAGUGAGAAGCCUCUGAUUGAACGGGGGAGCAGGAAGUGGCCGGGAAUCAAACCCACCAAAGUCACCAUCCAACACAAGAUUCUCCUCCAGAAAACACCAUCAAUCACUACCACCAAAACGACCCUGGGCCACCUGGCAUCCGUGGAAGCUCGAGAUGCUAUCUAUUUGAAAUAUUUAGCGUCAUUUGAAGAGGAGUGGAAGAAGAUCCAGGACGACAACACACUGCAGGUGAAGGAGGCUCAGCGCUGGAAGGACAGCUGGAGGCGCUCUGUGCACACCAUCCAGGGCCUGUACUUGUGA